GCUCAGUCCUCAAGCCGGUUUCUCCGCUGCUCCUUUCUUCCAUCUCCGCUGUGUCUUUUCUUCCAUUCCCUCCGAUGCCUUAAUUUUUCUGCGUUUUUACACUUUUCAUGGAAAUGCUGGAUAUCGAGACCAUGCGCAUUCAAACGGGACCUGUUCUGAAAAUUGUUUGUUCUUCGUUUCCAUGACUGUUUUAGUUGGAAUAUAUAUGUUUCACCGUGCACUGCUUGUUUUGGGGUAAAGAUGACCGGUGUCUUUUGUGCUUUUGCUGGAGGCAUGUUGGUGUUUCUUUUGCUGUGCAUCGUGGAGUUGCAUACGGGCUGCGAUGCCGUGCUCGCCGCGGGUCUCACUACUUUCAGGGCUUUCGCUCCACCUGCAAAAGAGGGUGUUGUGCAGAACGUCGAUCGGAUUUACCAUGGGGGUGGGAAGGUUGGUUACCUGCUUUACAUGGAUGGGAGAAGGUUUCAGUUAGAUAUGGAGAGGGAUGAGUCCAUUUUGUCACAUCACUUCAGUCCGAAAUAUGUGAUGACCCUGAUGGGGGCGGGAGAAGGCGCCGCGCCUUUGAACCGGGAGUGUGUUUACCGGGGAACCGUGGACUCCAACCCCGAGUCCCUGGCGGUUUUCAGCCUCUGUGGUGGGGGUCUAGAGGGCUUUUUCGCGUUGAAACACGCGCGCUACACAAUCACACCCCUCAUCCGAACCAAGGGACACGAUAACGACGAGCGUUCGCUGCAGGACAAGGCUGCGGAGAGCGCCCUCCACUACUUCACGCGGGAGAGCUUCAGCUUCGAAGCCAUGCCUGUGAGCGAGAGCUGUGGGACCAAGGGAGGGCGCGGGCGCAUGGAUGCAUCGAGGAAACACCAGCGUAAGGGCCGAGGGAAAGGGAAACGCGACCGGCACGAUGUCACCCUGGACGGGGGCAAGGAGCGCAGAAGAUGGUGGACGCAGUUCUCCAAACGUGCCUCUCCACCCUCACUGGGAAGUCGGCGCAAGAGGUCGGUUUCGCGCGCCAGGCACGUGGAGCUCCUGCUGGUUGCAGACGAGUCCAUGUCCAAGAAGUAUGGCAAGGACCUGCACCACUACCUGCUCACGCUGGCCUCCAUCGCUUCCAAGUUGUACAGCCAUGCCAGCAUCGAGAACCCCAUCCGUCUGUCCGUUGUGAAGGUGGCCAUCGUCACGGAGAAGGAGAAGGGGCUGGAGGUGUCCAAGAACGCAGCCGCCACACUCAAGAGCUUCUGCAAGUGGCAGAACCAGCAGAACCCACUGGACGACGACAACCAGCACCACCACGACGCCGCCAUCCUUUUCACCAGGCAGGUAAAUAAAUAAAGAAACCCAUAGAGUCCGACUCGCACUCCCCCCCAUCACCUGGCCAACACACACAUACCACUGCGCGCCAGGUCCAUCCCUUCCCACUCACCGGACUAGAGCGCAUUUUACACUCAGGUGUUACGCCAAGCAUGACGCCAGUGUUUGUUGUUAUUAUGGUACUGCAUGCGUUUCUGUACUCGUACCUGUUAUUCAGGAAAGUCAUUUGGAACCAAAAUAUGUUUAUUACAUUGUUGUUAUCAAGCAGAAAUCUGCUUCGGUUUAGUGUUACCAAAUUGAGGGCGUGUGCCUCUCUCUCUCUAUGUCUCUCUCUCUGUCUUGCACACCCUCCCUCCUCUCUGUGGGCUCUCGCGCGUGUCUUAUAAAAGAGCGUUUCCUCCGCUUGUGUUUUUCUGGGCAGCCUCCUCUGUCUCAGACUCUCCCAGUCCCCUGACAACCAAUGUCUCGAGCCCUUGUGAUCUCUCGCACCAGCUGCGCACGCACAUUCUUCCAGGGUUGAAGGGAUGUAGUUUAAAUCAGCUGCUGGUUAGAGUUCAGAAUGUUUCUCUCAACCAGAAACCGCAGCCAGACUUCAGCCCUAUGUAUUUCUUCCUUCAUUUUUUCCUUCCAUUUUUUCCCCCCUACAUUUUUUCUCUGAGCAGAGCUGGGGCUGUCAAAAAAGCAACCACAUCUACCCCUCUGAAAACCAAUAGCCUACAUUGACCAAGACCACACUCGUUUAUACAAGAUCACAUGGUUUUAACAAUUUAACUUCAGAUUCUGACCUAUAUCCAAGUUUCUCCAAACAUCAAAUUUCGAAGUUGCUCCAAAUGUCAAAUUUCAAAUUGUUUUUGGCACCCUGGGUUGACUCCUCCUGCUCCGCAUCUUUCCAUUUCUACAAACAUUACAUUUCGAAGUUAAGGGUUAAGGUUUUGGAUAGGGUUAAAACAUUAGGCCUUCAUUCCAAAUGGUUAAGUUAAGGGUUAAAAUUAGUGUCUACCACAGAGAUUGAACAUAUGACCACAGAGAUUGAAUAUAUGACCUAUGGAUCCAAAUCAUGGGAUUAUGAUGGUAAUAGCGCUCACUGUUGCCCCUAGUGGCCAGUUGUGAAGGCAUUUCGGAAGUCCUCAGGACAUGGACAUACCUCCAAUUUCGAAGUCAAUCUUGAGCACACACACACAUAUAUCUCAACACAUAUAUCUCAUUUUUCACCCCUCUGGUGUGGUUUCUUGGUCAGUCGGCUGUGGUUGAGGUGUCAGGUGUCUUUCUUGCCUCAGGCUUGUGGUGCGUGUAAUGAAAUAAUGCAAGGUCUUGUGCUAGAGACGGGUGCCAAAACCAGGGAAUACCGAGGUAACUUAUGUUGGCACCGGUGCCCGGGUGGAUCCUGUUGCCAGCGCCACGUGAGCAUACCUGGGCUUGGCAGGUUGGCAGAGCACGGUGUGCCAACUAUUACCACCACCACCUGCAUGGUCAUGGACCUCCCACCCACUUGGCAGUGCAUCCCCUCUGUGUCACCUGCGGGGGUUAGGGUGGCGUGGUUGGCACAGUGGUUGGCACAACGGGCACGGAGAUACCUGGCGCUGGCACUACCCAGGGGCAAGUGUCAGGUCAUAACAACAGUAACAACUCCAUAGCAUAACAACAUAAUAACACCUGCAAGGUGUUUGGAGUGGGUCAUGACUUAUCAAAAGGUCAAAGGUCAGUGAACCCCCUCAGCCAAUAGGAUUUGAACUCUGAUUCCAUGAUUGGCUGUAGUGUUAGAUCACUGUAUCUUUAAAACACAACCCUUCCAUUCAGUUGUCUUUCAUUGCUGUAGCUUGUUAUCAAAGAAGUCAGUGUCGUAGCUUGGGUGAGUCACGCUCAUUCAAUGGAAGUCAAAUCCAUCUUCAGACUGCAUUCUCACAGUCAGAGACGAGACCCAUCCAUUCUUUAGCGAUGUAGAGGGGGGGAGUUUAUUGGAACAUGGGGUUAUUCAUGCAUGGGUCCAAUUACUCCAGUCCCAACACCCCCCGUGUCCUGAGUGAGCUGACCCGUGUGCCAUUGUCACCGGGCUCUUUGCAUGCCGCACCAGGACAGAACAAGAGACACAUUGAGGGGACUCUGUGUGUGUAUGCAUUUAUAUGUGUGUGCAUUUGUGUGUGCGUGGGUGCGUGCAUGCGCGUGUGUGUGUAUGUGCGUGCCUGUGUGUGAUUAUUAGGUGUUACGUCACAGUGUGACCGGACGCAUGACUGCUCUUGCCAGGGUCCAGGACAGUACACAAAGCCUCACUGUGAGGAGAAGAGCUCUCUACUGACAGAACAUAGAGCAGGGAUCAUCGACUAGAUUUAGCAGCAGGCCAAUUUUUUUCUUGAGCGGAUGGUCAGGGGGCUGGGACAUAAUUGUAAAUAAUUUGUAAACUGCAAAUUGACCGCAAGAAGCCCAAACAGAUACAGCAUUUGACUUAAACAUAAUCAUUUCAAACCUUGCUUACAUUUGUAUAUGAUCACAUACAGUUGAAGUCGGAAGUUUACAUACACUUAGGUUGGAGUCAUUAAAACUUGUUUUUCAACCACUCCACAAAUUUCUUGUUAACAUACUAUAGUUUUGGCAAGUCGGUUAGGACAUCUACUUUGUGCAUGACACAAGUAAUUCUUCCAACAAUUGUUUACAGACAGAUUAUUUCACUUAUAAUUCACUAUAUCACAAUUCCAGUGGGUCAGACGUUUAAAUACACUAAAUUGACUGUGCUUUUAAACAGCUUGGAAAACUGAAGAAAAUGAUGUCAUGGCUUUAGAAGCUUCUGAUAGGCUAAUUGACAUAAUUUGAGUCAACUGGAGGUGUACCUGUGGAUGUAUUUCAAGGCCUACCUUCAAACUCAGUGCCUCUUUGCUUGACAUUAUGGGAAAAUCAAAAGAAAUCAGCCAAGACCUCCACAAGUCUGGUUCAUCCUUGGGAGCAAUUUCCAAACGCCUGAAGGUACCACCUUCAUCUGUACAAACAAUAGUAUGCAAGUAUAAACACCAUGGGACCACGCAGCCGUCAUACUGCUCAGGAAGGAGACGCGUUCUGUCUCCUAGAGAUGAACGUACUUUGGUGCGAAAAGUGCAAAUCAAUCCCAGAACAACAGCAAAGGACCUUGUGAAGAUGCUGGAGGAAACAGGUACAAAGUAUCUAUAUCCACAGUAAAACGAGUCCUAUAUAGACAUAACCUGAAAGGCCGCUCAGCAAGAAAGAAGCCACUGUUCCAAAACCGCCAUAAAAAAGCCAGAGUACGGUUUGCAACUGCACAUGGGGACAAAGAUCAUACUUUUUGGAGAAAUGUCCUCUGGUCUGAUGAAACAAAAAUAGAACCGUUGUGCCAUAAUGACCAUCGUUAUGUUUGGAGGAAAAAGGGGGUUGCUUGCAAGCCGAUGAAUACCAUCCCAACCGUGAAGCACGGGGGUGGCAGCAUCAUGCUGUGGAGGUGCUUUGCUGCAGGAGGGACUGGUGAACUUCACAAAAUAGAUGGCAUCAUGAGGAAGGAAAAUUAUGUGGAUAUAUUGAAGCAACAUGUCAAGACAUCAGUCAGGAAGUUAAAGCUUGGUCGCAAAUGGGUCUUCCAAAUGGACAAUGACCCCAAGCAUACUUCCAGUUGUGGCAAAAUGGCUUAAGGACAACAAAGUCAAGGUAUUGGAGUGGCCAUCACAAAGCCCUGACUUCAAUCCUAUAGAAAGUUUGUGGGCAGAACUGAAAAAGUGUGUGCGAGCAAGGAGGCCUACAAACCUGACUCAGUUACACCAGCUCUGUCAGGAGGAAUGGGCCAAAAUUCACCCAACUUAUUGUGGGAAGCUUGUGGAAGGCUACCCAAAACGUUUGACCCAAGUUAAACAAUUUAAAGGCAAUGCUACCAAGUACUAAUUGAGUGUAUGUAAACUUCUGACCCACUGGGAAUGUGAUUAAAUAAAUUAAAGCUGAAAUAAAUCAUUCUCUCUACUAUUAUUCUGACAUUUCACAUUCUUAAAAUAAAGUGGUGAUCCUAACUGACCUAAAACAGGGAAUUUUUACUAGGAUUAAAUGUCAGGAAUUGUGAAAAACUGAGUUUAAAGGUAUUUGGCUAAGGUGUAUGUAAACUUCCGACUUCAACUUUAUAUCUCUCUAUUAUGCGUGAGAAUAAUAUUUCCUAAAUUAAAAUCACUUGGAGUUGAUUUGCUGGUGUUUUUACAGUUCAUGUCCAACAAUAACAAAAGUAAUACAAAAAAAACGUUAGUUUUUUAUUCAGAAAACUUGGGGGGCCUGUCACGCCUUGACCUAUAGAACUCUAGUUAGUUUGGUCAGGGCGUGCAUGUUUAGUAUCUAUGUUAUGUUUUCUAUGUGUAGAAUCUAGGUAUUGGUUUUCUAUGUUUGGCCGGGUGUGAUUCCCAAUCAGAGACAGCUGUCGCUCGUUGUCUCUGAUUGGGGAUCAUACUUAGGUAGCUCAGUUGCCUACUGUGUUUGUGGGCUCUUGUUCCGUGUAUAGGCUUGUAUUGUGUUUAGCCUGAGGACUUCAUGUUACGUUGUUUUGUUGUUUUUGUUCGUGUGUUUAUUUUAUAAAAUAAACAUGUAUGCAUUUCACGCUGCGCCUUGGUCUGACCCGUCCUUCAACGUCCGUGACAGGGCCAAAUAAAAUUGGCCCGCGGGCCGCCAGUUACGGAACCCUGACAUAGAGAGAGAUAGAAAGAGCCCAGAAAGAAUCAACUUGAAAUAGCCAAGAAAACAUAACUAAUUACAUGAAUAUGCAGCAUGGAAAUAUUCAACAUAAAUAUUACAUCCUAGAGAUGAUCAUGUUUAUUGUAGACUCUUACUUUGAUUGUUCCCUCAGGCACUAGGACAUACAUGUUUAAGGUUUCCUUAUUGCCAGAGAGAGAGGGAGAGAAAGAAAGAUAGAGGGGGCUAGAGUGAUAUAGAGAGGAGAGAGGUAGAGAGGACACCGAGAAAGAGAGAGGGAGCGAGAGUGUGUGUGGACUCUGAGAAAGAGAUAGGUAGAGAGAGAUGGACAGAGGGAGAACUCUGAGAACGAGAGAGUGUGUAUGCAGAGAGCCAAGAAAGCAUAGAAAUGCUAGGCUACAUCUCCUUUUUGUUGAAGGUUACGUAUUUGUUGAAGAUUAAGGGCACAUAUUCGCGAAACGUCCCAAAGUAGCACUACUGAUCUAGGAUCAGAUCCGCCCUCUUAUUCUUUAUGUGAAUAAUGAGAAGUUCAAUUAUUGUUGUCUCUAUGUUAAAGCACAGUACCCUGCAAAUGUCCUUGAUAGUUUCAACAGACAGACAUGUCACCCCAGUGGUGCGCAGCCCAGUGGCUUGCUCAAACCAAUAACACCUAGGUCAUUAUCACUUUAUACACAAAACACACAUGACAAUCACCUUAUGCAGGUGCCGGGUCUGAAAAGUUCAUUCAUGAUCUGUGAUGCAGAGUAGCCUAUCUCACGCUGUUACUAGGUGGCAAUGGCACGUAACAAGAUGUUCCUGACCAAUCACGUGGACCGAGCGAUGGGUCGAAAGUUGAAUGGCAGAGUUUAUAUAAGCAUGAAAUAUAGGACCUGUGAAAUACCCCAGUCUGUUAUAACAAACAGAGGAGCUAUAGGCCUACCUAUGGGAGGAGAGGAUCGGGAAACUCAGACACCUUAAACACAUGCGCGCAUGUUCGCACACAUGCAUACACACACACACACACACUUUAAGCAGACACACAAUGUACACACAGUACACACACACAAUGUAAAAGCACACACACACACACACUGAAUGCAGAAACACUGUAAGCAGACACGCACACACACAUACUGUAAACACACACUCUCACACAUACACACUCACAACAAACAUGAGCGAAGAGGAGAAGAGACAGGAGAGCACAUAGGACAUGCUCUGUUCAAAUCGAAUAAUACACAUGCGUACAUACUAAAUUCUCCACAGCAAAUAUGAUAGAGUGUGUGCAUGUGCACUGGAGUUGGAAUGAUAGAGUAUGGAUAUAUGGAUGUUUUGGAAGGGGGUCUGUCUGUUGCUAUCUGAUUUGUUCAGUAGACAAAACAAUGCCAUGAACUUAAAUGACCAGCUAGCAGUUAAGGUCUGGGACGGUAUCCUACCUCUGGAAUGACAAUCACAGUCUCUCUGAUAGGCUGAUAUGGUUGUAUAUGAAGGAUACUAUCAUGUUAUUGUAAAGGUAACCGCUUAAAUGUGUGUCAUAGGUCACUGGGCCAGGAGUUUUGUCGGGACCAUCGGGGCCUGACUAGCCUAGUACCAUUGCCAUUUAAUAGGCUAAUGUCACUCUCACCGAUGAUUGGCAGGCCAUUCAUUUCACGGAUAAUUGACUCUUACAUUGUUGACCCUGAUUUCUGAGUGACAAGUUGUUGUGGUUAGUCUCUCUGGACUCUCUCCAUGAUACAGUAUUAGCAGUGUUUGUGCGUGCAUGCACACUAACGCUACAAACUGACAGUGUGUGUGUCUGUGAUUGACACUCUCCUUUACUCAGAGUGGCAGUGUGAUUUUCGAACGCAGCUAGGGUGUGUUCCCCUGGUUGACCCGAGACUCACACACAUGCGCGCAGGUGCAUGUCACACACACACAAACACACCCUUACUCACUUUCUCACACAGACACACGCAGUCUUCUUAUAUGAUCAUCUACUGACCUAAAUACCUUACCACCAGUGCUGAGGUUAUUUUGCUCAUUAUUUCCAGAACUGCCCAAUCCCUCCAUUCUUUCCUCCUCUCUUUUCAUUUCCUCCAUCCUCCCAUCCCUUUCCCCAGGUGUCUGAUUCCAUAACUUUAUUUAUCUUGCUCUCUCUUUCUCGCCCUCCCUCUUUCUUUCUCUCGCUCACGCUCUCAUAUGUCUGUGAAAGCCCCUUAGGAGAAAAGGGAAAAUACCAAGCUGAGAACACACUGGAGAGCGGGAGGGAGAGGAGAAAAAAGAGAGACAGAGGGAACAUGAGAGAGACAGGGACAGAGUGAAAGUGAGAGAGACAGAGGGAACAUGAGAGAGACAGGGACAGAGUGAAAGGGGGAGUGGGAGGCAGAGAGAGUUUGGGACAACAAGUUAAAGUGAACAAAAGAUAGUGAAAGUGAGAGAGAAAGAGAGACAAUGUCCCUCCUGAUUGGCUAGUGAAAUUAACUCUUUCUACAAUGUCCCUCCCGAAUGGCUAGUGAGAUUAACUCUUUCUACAACAGCGUCCUCGGGACCUCGGGACCCCAAGGGGUGCACAUUUUGGUUUUUGCCCUAACUCUACACAGCUGAUAAAAAUUAUCAAAGCUUGAUGCUUAGUUGAUUAUUUGAAUCAGCUGUGUAGUGGAGGUCAAAACCCAAAACGUGCACCCUUUGGGGUCCCGAGGACCGAGUUUGGGAAACCCUGUUCUACAAAAUCCCUCCCAAUUGGCUAGGGAGAUUAACUCUUUCUACAAUGUCCCUCACGAUUGGCUAGUGAGAUGAACUCUUUCUACAAUGUCCCUCUCGAUUGGCUAUUUCAUCUGAUAGUGACAACGAGGAGUUCAAAACACAACUCUCCAUCUACACACACAUCAGGGGGCAAAAUCUUAACGAUAACUAACACAAUGCAUUUAGUGGAAUGCAAUCGGACUGGACUGUAUUUGACUUUGUUUUUAUGUCUCCUUCAGUAAGUAGGGGACUUUCUCUUUUAAGAGUUUCUGUCUAAAGCAAGUGUGUCCGAAAUGGCACCCUAUUCCCUACAUAGUGCAUUACUUUUGACCAGAGCCCUAAGUAGUUCACCAUAUAGGGAAUAGGCACUAAUGGCACUAAUGGCCCUAUGGACCCUGGUCAAAAGUAGUGCACUAUGUAGGGAAUAGGGUGCCAUUUCGGACGCGGUCAGAGUUUGUGUCUAGAGUAAGUGUAUGAGGCGUUCCCCCCUGUUGGUCAUGUGUUGGAGAGCCCAGAACAGAACACAGACGGGUUUGUUCCUAAAGUGUUCCAUCCGAAACGAGUAAAUACACACCCCAGAGAGUCUCUCACACACGGCACAGCGGACCUGUCAACAUCACUUAACAAGGGAUUCAUCCUGUCCCCAGGGUGUGUGUGGGAGGGGGGCCUGGGGUGGUGGGUGGGGAGGAGAGGAGUGUGUGUGUGUGUUUGCCCUCGCGCACGCCCCUUAUCUCAUUCAUACAUGACACGUGUCCUUUUACAUUAAACAAUGUACACACUGUAUGUAUACUGUGAGAGUGUGUGCGUUUGUGUGUGUGCACGCUUGCAUGCCUGUGUGUGUCUGUGUGUGCAUGCAUACUUGUGUGUCUGCAUGUGUGUGUCCACUUGCGUGCAUGUGUGUGUGUGUUUCUGAGAACGAGAGAGUCGAUGGCAUAGGGACACAGUGUUUGAGUGACUGAUUGAUUCCUCUACACAGCAGAGUAGCUUCAAUCCCUCUGGGCAUCAUCUGUAUAGAUCUGUGUGGGAGCUGGAACACUGGUCCAUACACAGUACCUUAUAUGAGAGAGAGAGGAGAGAGAGAGAGAGAGAGAGAGAGUAGAAGAGAGAGAGAGAGAGAGAGAGAGUAGAGAGAGAGAGAGAGAGAGAGCGAGCCUAGAGAGGAAGAGAAGAAGAGCGAAUAGCGGACGAGCAUAUCUACAGAUAGAGAACUCUCGAAUCUCGAGCGCGGAGAGCAGAGAGAGAGAGGUGAAGAAAUAGAGUGAACUCAAAGCAUCAACAAUUUUGGGUCAAAUAAGGUCUAUUGACAUCUGAUCUUCUCUCAUUUGUCAUCUGUAAGCUAUCCAGCUUGUCCUUGCAUUGUCUGUGUUUUGGUGUGUGUGAGUCCUACAGUAUAUGUGUGUGUUCUACCUAUACACUAACUUAUUUCACCCUUUACACUAACUUAUUUCACUAACUCAUUUCACCCUUUCCACCAACCCAUUUGCUUGUGCCCCCUGUAUAGGACCUGUGUGGGCACCACUCGUGUGACACACUGGGCAUGGCCGACGUUGGCACCAUCUGCUCACCAGAGAGGAGCUGUGCCGUCAUAGAGGACGACGGACUCCAUGCCGCCUUCACAGUGGCACACGAGAUAGGUGGGCACCGUUCACACACCUGCAUGCACACAUACACACCUGCCAUUUUUUAGUGUACGCAAGCACAUGCAAACACAUCCAAACUUUAUUGCUAUCACUGUCACCAGGGGUCUCUUCAUAGUCCCCAAGUCCAGAGCAGACUCUGGAAAACGCACAGUACUACAUAGAGCCAUGAAUACAUGGAACUCUAUUCCACAUCAAGUAACUCAAGCGAGCAGUAAAAUCUGAUUUAAGAAAACAGAUACAACUACAGUUUAUGGAACGAAGCGGACUGUGAAGAGACACAAACACAGGCAUACGCACACACGCUAACACACGUACAUUGUAAUGUUGUAAUAUUGUUGUAUUGUGGUAUUAUACAUUUUGUAUUGUAGAUUUGUAAUGAUAGAGUAGUGGUAUAAUAAAGUGUUGUAUGUUGUACGGUUUUAUAAUUUUUUUGUGAUGUAGUUGCCUUAAUCUUGUUUGGACUCCAGGAAGAGUAGCUGCUGCCUUGGCAGCAGCUAAUGGGGAUCCUUAAUAAAUACAAAUACAGAUACACACUCUCACGAAUACAAUGCUCAUUGUGUAAACAAACACCCCCCCAAAAUGAUUUGUCUUUCUGUCUGCCUGCCUGUCCAUCUCUCUGUCUGUGAACCAAAGGUCACUUGCUGGGCCUGUCCCACGACGACUCCAAGUUCUGCGAAGAGCGUUUCGGCGCCAGCGCGGACAAGCGUCUCAUGUCGUCCAUCCUGACCUCCAUCGACGCCUCCAAACCCUGGAGCCGCUGCACCUCAGCUACCAUCACUGACUUCUUUGACGAUGGCAACGGUAAGACAUGGAGAGGGGGAUGAGAGGAGGAGAGCGGGGAAGAAUGGCAGGAUAGGAUAGAGGGGGAUGAGAAGAGGAGAGCGGGGAGGAGAGGAGAGAAUGAAAUCCAGAAGUAUUUUGGCACUCCAGGCCUAGAGUUGACUAGCCCUGAACUAAUGGUUAGGGAGGUAACCAAGUCUUAAUUGUAAAAGUGAGGAGAAUACCUCAAUGACUUACUUGGUUAAACAUUGAGGGUUGGGCUCACCUACUGUACAGAGUUCAUGUGCUGUUGUCUUUGCCAAAUUGAAUCCAAUGUCCCUUCACACCUAUCGAGUGGCGGAUUAGAAUGAUCGGAGGUUUGAUAAACCAGACAGACAAACAGCCUUUGGCAUUGGACACCAUGUACACAAAAAAGCAAUGCACUGAUCUGUCCAUCCUCUAAUUUUUCUAUCCUUUCCACUUUCCACUUACCCCUUUCUCCUCAUUCCAUCCUCUCCCCCUCUUCUCUGCCACCCACAACACCUCUCCCUGCCUCCUUCUUUCUCCUUCCCCUUUCUCCUUUCCCCUCCUUUGUAACCUCUUUCUCCCUCCCCUUCUCUUCUUCUAACCUUCCUUCUCCCCUCAUUCCAUCCUCUUCCCCCCCUCCUCCUUUUUCCUCCUCCCCUCUCCCCCUCUACAGCCGAGUGUCUCCUGGACACUCCUCGCCAGCCCAUGCUCGGCUCAGAGGAGCUGCCCGGCCAGAGCUACGACGCUGUGCGCCAGUGCCGCCUGGCGUUUGGGCCUGAGUACACAGUCUGCCCGGGCAUGGACGUGUGCGCCCGCCUGUGGUGCGCAGUGAUACGCCAGGGCCAGAUGGUGUGCCUGACCAAGAAGCUGCCCGCCGUGGAGGGCACGCCGUGUGGCAAGGGCCGCAUCUGCCUCCAGGGCAAGUGCGUGGACAAGACCCGGAAGAGACACUACUCGGUAAGGACAGGGCGGAGGGUGAGAGGAAGGGAGGGGAGGGAGGGAAUGGGAGGCAACAACGCAAUAGGCUGACAGCAUAGACAGAGUGGAAGAGCAGAGUACUACUUUAUUAUUAUUUAUUAUUCUCUAGAGAGGGAAGGAGGAAAGGAGGGGAUGGGAAGGAGAGGGAGAGUGUUGAGAGAGGGAAUGGGAGGCAAACACCGGAUAGGUGCAGUGAAAUGUGUUGUUUUACAGGAUCAGCCAUAGUAGUACGGCGCCCUUAGAGCAAAUUAGGGUUAAGUGCCUUGCUCAAGGGCACAUCGACAGAUGUUCACCUUGUCGGCUCGGGUAUUCAAACCAGCGACAUUUAGGUUACUCACCCAACACUCUAACGGCUAGGCUACCUGCUGACCAAUAGGGUGACAACAUAGACAAGUCCCUCAAAUUAUACUACUUGGUGAGAGGAAUGAAGGUGUGAGAGAGGGAGGUGUGUAGGGAGAGUGGAGGUAAAGGGGGGCGGGUGUAUGGUGGAGUACGGUGAGAGUGCCAACAAUAGCAAUGAGAGACACUAUAACACAAGGAGAGAAGGAAUGAGGGAGGGAGUAUAGAGAGAGGGAGAGAGAGAAUGGGAGGCAGGGAUGGAGUUAGGUGAAAGUGUGAAUAAGAGCCACAGGAGAUAUACACUGAGUAUACAAAACAUUAAGGACACCUGCUCUUUCAAUGACGUAGACUGACCAGGUGAAUCCAGGUGAAAGCUAUGAUCCCUUAUUGAUGUCACUUGUUAAAUCCACUUCAAUCAUUGUAGAUGAAGGGGAGGAGACAUGUUAAAGAAGGAUAUUUUAAGCCUUGAGUCAAUUGAGACAUGGAUUGUGUACAUGUGUCAUUCAGAGGGUGAAUGGGCAAGACAACAUUUUUAAGUGCCUUUGAACGGGGUAUGGUAGUAGGGGCCAGGCUUAGGGCUGUGGCGGUCAUGACAUUUUGUCAGCCGAUGAAUGUCAAGCAAAUAACUGCUGGUCUCACGUAAUUGACCGUUAAUUACCAUAAACAUAUCAUGUUUCUUUAGACCUGUCUAAAAUAAAUAACGGAUUUAUUGUGAUGGUGUCGCCUAUAUUACAUGGAUUUAUUAGACUUUUUAAAAUGUAGAUGUUCCAAAGGUCUGAAUCAGUGGCUUCCAAGCAUAGCCUACAAGCCACUGAUAUAUCUACAUUUUAAAAAGUCUAAUAAAUCUGUUAUUUAUUUUAGACAGGUCUAAAGAAACAUGAUAUGAAUAAAAGGUAGUCUACUUCAGAAGAACAGAAUAGCAUACUCUGAGUUGUCCUUAUGUUAGGCCCUGAUCUGGCUAUGCCAUAUGGCUGUGGCCUACGCUAGUUCAUUUAGCAGACAAGAUUUGCUUGUGGCAUUAUUUUAUAUUAUUUUAUAGUAUGAAGAAUACAAUUGAACAUAACUGAAUAAAAUAGAAAGGAUAUUUUCUCCAAACAAUUUGAGGGAGUACGCACAUGCAGCUAUUCUGAAUUGAGAGGCUAACAAAGAAACAGGUACUCCUAAAUGCUUCAUUUAGAGUUAUUUAUGUAACUUUAGUUGUGAUACAAAUGUUGGGCUAUAUGUUUAGAUUUUUAAAACAUUCUAAGGCUUCAUGAUGUGACUCUAAUGAUGAUUUGAAAAAAGUUGCAUGAAAGGCAUGAGCUCUGCUUUGUUUUUUGGGCAGGCUGUACACACUUCAUCAUUCACAAUUUGACAAGCACUUGAUAGUGCCCCGAAUUUCCCUUUGUGUGGCCGUAAUAUCCCCUAAAAAAAAUGGAGGACGCUUUUCCCGUGGUUCAUUUUCAUGCCAGCCAGGUAGGCUAUACUCCUGUUGUAAAGAGAAGCAAUGUGCUUGAUAUUAGGAAAGUUGAGAAAUUAAUAUAGUAGGCCCAGCCUAUAGAAAGAUGAUGGGAUCCUCCUCUUUUUAAUAGAGGCCAUCACUCUGUGAUGCCUAUAGAAAUGUUGCGCAGCAUGAGCUCAUAGCCUCUCAUUAAGUGUUUGAUUCGAUUUUCGAUUACAUUUGCAUUGAUGUCAGAAUGAUUAGAGGGACAAUAGAGUGCUGAGUACCAGGCAGUUAGCAAGUUUGGUAGGCUACUAAUGACCAUCAGCAGCAUCAGAGCUUGGAGAAGCAUAAUUACUGUGACUAAACGGUCACGUAGAACUUGACUGCCGUCCAUGACUCGUGACUGCCAGUGUGGCGGUAAUAUUGUCACCGCAACAGCCCUAGGUGCAACUCAAUAUUAGAAAGGUGUUCUUAAUGUUUUGUACACUCAGUGUAGCGGUAGAGGGAGGGUAGGAGAGAGUUGGAAAGAAUUAGAACGUUUCCGUAACUUUUACUGCACAUUGUGAUUCAUUUGGGCCUUUACUGUCACAGACUCUCAAUUAAUCUAAUUCAGUUGAAUUUGAUUUGGAACAAGAUUACUAGAGGAGUGACUGGGUGUAUUUUUGGCAGGUCGGAGAAGGGGGAAAGAAUGUUGCUUUUGUAGGUGGGAUUACUGUGUCUCCCUCCUCUCAGACUGUUCUCUUAGCAGGCUGUUUCUGUUGAGUCUUUUCAACUUCUGAGUCUCUGAGUUUUCAGUCACUCUUAUGACAAGCAGCACAAAACUCACUAUACUUUAAUGGUCACCACCAUUUUGGUUGUCUUUGUUUUGAAACAUUAUGUUCAAACAUUGUUUUGUUCUAUUAGAGUUACAUUGUAAGAGUAUCGCUUAAUUAUAAAUUAUUAAAAGGGACAUCCGACCAGAAUCACUGUCAACAGAAUAUACAUAGGCCUACUGUAUAUGCUUUGUUCAUUCAUAUUUUGACUUGUGGCUAUUGACACUAAUGAUAUGUCAGGCUAUAGUCACCUAACUAGAAUAUAGUUCUAGACCAACUAGACGUCUAUAUUCAGUGUUGGGGAGUAGUGAACAGUAAUGUAACUACAUUUUCCAGUAGCUUGGUGGUAGUUGAACUAAAUUAAAAUCUUGGUAGUGGUUUGAGUAGUUAAUGACUUUAUUUUGCCAUGUAGUGGUGUAGCUAACUACUGGAACUACAGACUACUUUUUUAGCAAAAAUAUUAUAAAACAUUUGUUAUUUUUCAACAGCAGACCUGUCUAAUUCUCACUUGAAACAUCGUUUUUGUGUUUAAUAGGCUAAAUUACACAUUCUGUUAACUUCUGACUCCAGAGUGAUCUGUUCUUGCAAUUUGUAGUCUAUGACAUUUCAGAUUUAGUAACUUUAGUUAAGUAAACUAUAUUUUUCUUAAGGGUAGAUUUAGUGUAGCUUAACUUCUUCCAGUGUGCAGUAAUUGGUAGCUUGGUAAACUACACUGCCAGUCAAACGUUUGGACACACCUACUCAUUCAAGGGUUUUUCUUUAUUUUAACUAUUUUUUACAUUGUAGAAUAAUAGUGAAGACAUCAAAACUAUGAAAUAACACAUAUGGAAUCAUGUAGUAACCAAAAAAGUGUUAAACAAAUCAAAAUAUAUUUUAUAUUUGAGAUUCUUCAAAUAUCCACCCUUUGCCUUGAUGACAGCUUUGCACACUCUUGGCAUUAGUGUCUUCACUAUUAUUAUUAUUAUUCUGCAAUGUAGAAAAUAGUAAAAAAUAAAGAAAAACCCUUGAAUGAGUAGGUGUGUCCAAACUUUUGACUGGUACUGUAUAUCUUCAGAGUAGCUUCCCCAACACUGUCUAUAUUGUAGAUCCAGACCAACUUACUAGACAUCUAACUAGAAUAUGCAGUAGAUCUAUCUAGACCAACAAUCUAUUUCAAAGUAAUCACAAACAAAAUGUUCAAUGAAAAUAUACAUGUUUAUUUUGGAUGGGAAGAGGGGGGAGAGGUGAGGGGAUGGGAGGAUAGCUGAGGAGAGUUUAGGAGAAGACAGGAGGUUUCACACCUGCUGCAGGGGGAUCCCCCUAGGGGGCCUAAGGGUGAAGAGAAGGGGGUACAACGACCCAUUGAGAGCUGCAACAAAAUGAAAACAGGACAAAGGGAGGUUAAUUCUAGGGUCAAAGGUGAUUAUGUGUUGGGUUAGGGCUAUAAAAUGUUCUACUCCUGACCUUAUUGCUACGUAGCAACUGUCCCUGUAUGAUUUAAUCUCUCUUUCAUUCUCGACCAUUCUACUCACCAGCCUCUGUCUCCUUCACCAACGCCUCUUUCUCCUCCUUCCUCUUCUCCAACUCCUCCCUCAUCCACUCCUUGUCUGCGAUGUCCUUCUCUCUCUUCUCUAUCGCUCCAUUCUUUAUGUCCAGGAGUUUGGCUUGAUUUGCCAAAGCAUCCUCUCUCUCCAUCCACACUCCGUUUCUUUCCACCUCCUCUGUCUCCUUCCUCAGCCUCUCCUUCUCCAACUUCCUUAUCUUUCCCUCUGUCAACACUUUCUCUUUCGCCAGCUGCGCUCUCACCCUCUCCACCUCCUCUCCCUUCACCACCACCUCCUCCGCCUUCACCUUCACCUCCUCUGCCCAGGUCUGAACAUUCUCCUUCUCCCCCCUGACAGCCAUCCACUCUUCCAUCAGCCACUCGCUUUUCAGAACGAUCUGCCCCCUCUCUCUUCUCAGAAUCUUCUCUUCUCUACCCCGCAGUCUUCUCCCUCUUCUCCACCUCCCUCCUUGCCACCUCCACCUUCUUUCUCUCGACUGCCACCUCCUUCCUUUCCUCAGUCACCUCCUUCCUUUCCUCGGUCACCUCCUUCCUCUCCUCUUCCACCUCCCUCCUUUCCACCAUUACCUACUCCUCCCUAUUCUCCACCUGCACCUCCCUCUUUCCAGCACCUCCUCCCUCCUGUUAAACUCCACCUCCAUCCUCAUCAACUCAUCCUCCUUCUUCUGGUUAGACUCAGCCCUUUUGAUUAUCCUCCUCCAUGGCUUUGAUCUGAAGGACAGUCGGUAAGAAUGAUACUCCGUAAGUCAGUAAGAGAGUACAUGUUCAUUUUACAGCCUAUUUCAGCCCAACAGUCAGUCGCUGGUCGUGAUGACCUACUCAGACCUGGGUUCAAAGACUAUUUGACAUCUUUCAAAUACAUUGAGCGUUGCUCUAUACUGCUUGGAGUGCCAAUCGAGCACAGAUAAAGUAUUUGAACCCAGGUCUGAACCCACUUCAACUAACAACCCAUAGAAUAGGAAUAAAUAGAACCCAUAGAAUAAAAAAGAAUGAAUCAUCAGGUGUAGUGUGAUAGAAUAUAGAAUUUGAAUGAAUUAUUGUAAUUAUAUAGGUCGUUAGUUGUAGUGGGAUAGAAUUUGAAUGAAAAUAACCCAUAGAAUGAACAUUCUAAUUCUAUGGGUUGAUAGUUGUAGUAGGAUAGAAUUCAGAAUUAUAAUGAAUAUAACCCGUAGAAUGAAUAAUUCUUAUUCUAUGUAACAACUAGACCUGAGUUUAAUUGAAUCUGUGCUUGAUUGAGCUUGCCUGGUGCAUUGGAAACAAUGGAAUACUCCCAAAAGUGUGAACCCUGCCCAUCCGGCACAUCAGACAGGCUUAAGCAAAUGCUCAAAGUAUUAUAAUUAUUAUAAUUUUUUAACCCAGGUCUACUAACAACAUUAUACCUUUCCAUGAUGGGGAACUUGUUACCAUUAGUCUAAUAAUAUCAUGGAUUAGUUUUUACUAACAGUUUAUAAACAGUAAAAUAAACAAAGUACAUAAAAUACAGAAAGUAAAAUACAGAAACUUGACACUCACUUUAGAGACUGUCGGCCUCCGUGACCUCCCCUUCAUCAUCAAGACCAAAAACAAUACAAAAUACUAUACAAACAAUAUAUAUACAAAAAAGCAAGAAAAGUCAAAGUAACAAAUAAAACAAAUAAGAUGAAGGAAUAUAUAAUGUACAAAAAAUGGAGUACAGUCAAAUAGAAAUAGAGUAGGCUAAAUAGUAGGUUGAAUAUUUCGCAGGUGUUCGCAGCUAGUAGCAGAUAGUGUUGGUAGCAGUCCAAAAAUAAAUGGAAUCUGAUUUGUGCCUGGAUGGCGUGACAUUGGAAUGUUUACACCAUCCGUUGCCAUGGUAAACACAGAACAACCACAUGCGUCGAAUACAACAGGUAUUCGGUAUAUAACCUUACAGUGAAAUGCUUACUUACAAGCCCUUAACCAACAAUGCAGUUUAAGAAAAAAGUAAAAAAGAGAUAAGUAAAAAAAAAAAUAUAAAUAAUUAAGAGCGCAGUAAAAUAAUAACAGUAGGGAGGCAUAUACAGGGGUGUGAUACCGAGCCUUGUGGGUCACCGUGCCUGGUAGUGUGAGUAUAUGUCAUGUAAGUAAGUUUGGCCAUCAUGCAGAGUUCAGCCAUGGGUGACGGAAAUAGUCUGGGUAGCCCUGAUUAGCUGUUCAGUAGUCUGAUGGCUUGGGGGUUAGAAGCUGUUAAGAAGCCUUUUGGACCUAGACGUGGCGCUCCGGUAACCGCUUGCCGUGCGUAGCGAGAGAACAGUCUAUGACUAGGUGGCUGGAGUCUUGUCAAUUUUUGGGCCUCCUCUGACACACCGUAUAGAGUCCUGGAUGGCGAGAAGCUUGGCCCAGUGAGGUACUGGGCCGUAGCACUACCCUCUGUAGUGCGCGCGGAGGCCGGCAGUUGCCAUCCAGGCGGUGAUGCAACCAGUCAGGAUGCUCUCGAUGGAUCACUGUAGAACUUUUGAGGAUCUGAGGACCCAUGCCAAAUCUUUUCAGUCUCUGAGGGGGAUGGCUUUGUGUCUUUACAUGCUAGGUUGUUUUGGACACCAGAUGAUAGUUUGUGAUGGUGAUGUGACAUCAAUAACUUGUCACGUGAGGGAGAGGUUUUCCUGGCACCACAGCCAGGUCUCUGACCUCUCCCUAUAGGCUGUUCAUCGUUGCGGGAUCAGCCUCAAUGUGUGUGGGUGCGCAACAGGGAGUACAGGAGGGGACUGAGCACGCACCCCUGAGGAGCCCCUGUGUUGAGGAUCAGCGUGGCAGAUGUGUUGUUACCUACCCUUACCACCUGGGGGUGGCCCGUCAGGAAGUCCAGGAUCCAGUUGCAGAGGGAGGUGUUUAGUCCCAGGGUCCUUAGCUUAGUGAUGAGCUUUGAGGGCACUAUGGUGUUGGAACGCUGAGCUGUAGUGAAUGAAUAGCAUUCUCACGUAGGUGUUCCUCUUGUCCGGGUGGGAAAGGGCAGUGUGGAGUGCAGUAGAGAUUGCAUCAUCUGUGGAUCUGUUGGGGCGGUAUGCAAAUUGGAGUGGGUGUAGGGUUUCUGGGAUAAUGGUGUUGAUAUGAGCCAGCCUUUCAAAGACCAGCCUUUCAAAGACAAAACAAAGACGAAUAGAGACAAUACGUAAAGAAUCAAGAUAGUUCAGAUCAACUUUCCCUUCCCCAAUCUUAACCUUAACCAUUAGUUGGGAAAAUGCUAAACUGACCCAAGAUCAGCGUCUAGGGGCAACUUCACCCUAUACCCUUAAGAUGUUGUAGGCUAGCAUGUGAGCUAAUAUAGCACAUUGCUACAGACUCUGACUUUGCCUUGAUGUACUGGGUCGCCUUUGAACAUUACUUUAAUUUCUAUCAUCAUGCCGCCCCACACCCUUCUCAAUGUAUUCCACUUGCACAGACAAUCACGUGCAUGCAGACACACAAAUGAAUCACACACACACAGACACAUACACACAUUUUACACAUGGCUUGGCUGCCGGCCAAUCCAACUUUUAACAUGCUCACUGUGCAACUUUAAGAGUACUCUCUUAUCUCUCUCCUCCCUCUCCUCCUCUGAUCUCACUCUCCUAUCUCUUCUCACUCUCCUCUCUCUCUCUCUCUCUCUCUCGCUCUCUCUCUCUCGCUCUAUCGCUCUCUCUCUCAAUCUCUUUCCUAUUGCCUCCCUCUCUCCUAUCUCAUCUUUCUCUUUCAUCUUCCCGCUCUCCUCUCUUCAUCCUGCUCUCCAAGGCAUCUAACCACGGAAGUUGGAGUUCGUGGGGUCCGUGGGGGGCAUGUUCGAGGACGUGCGGUGGAGGGGUGCAGUUCGCCCAGCGUCUGUGUAACAACCCGCCGCCCCGAAACAAUGGGCGCUACUGCACCGGCAAGAGAGCCAUCUACAGGUCCUGCAGUGUCACCCCAUGCCCCUCGCACAGUGAGUGUAGUACUGCAGAUUGACUGGCUGACGUGUGUGAUCACAUAGUGAGAUAGACACGCAUAAGCACACACAAGUAUACAUUUGCUCAGGCAAAUACACAGGCUUACAAUAGAUCAAUGAAUGGUAAAUAUUUAGACUCUCUCUCCCUGUCUCUCUCUCUGUCUCUCUCUCGCUCGCUCUCUCAAACACACACACACACACACACAGUCUGAAAUGCUAAUGUUCCCACUCUAACCUGUGGUGGAACUGUCCUCCUCUAGGUAAGAGUUUCCGCCAGGAGCAGUGUGAGGUGCGGAAUGGCCCCCAGACAGACCCUAAGGGGGUGAAGACCUUUGUGGAGUGGGUACCCAAGUUCGCAGGAGUGCUACCCAAAGAUGUGUGCAAGCUGACCUGCCGGGCCAAGGGCACAGGCUACUAUGUAGUGUUCUCGCAGAGGGUGAGUGAAUAAGAGAAGGGCACUGGGGAGUAAAAGAGUGUGAGUGAGGGUACUUUGGAGUGCUGUCUUCCACUACCAUUAGUCCACUACCUUUGUUAUCAAGACUUGUAGUGUCCGUUCUGCUAGUAUGAUGAUGAUAAAGAUGAUGGUGAUGAUACAGUGCCUUCGAAAAGUAUUCAGACCCAUUGACUUUUUCCACAUUUUGUUACGUUAUAGCCUUAUUCUAAAAUGGAUUAAAUGAAAAACAAUCCUCAGCAAUCUACACACAAUACCCCAUAAUGACAAAGGGAUAACAGGUUUUUAGAAAUGUUUGUAAAUUUAUAAAAUAUUUAAAACAGAAAAACCUUAUUUUAGGAAGCUUGGCCCCAGUGAUGUACUGGGCCGUACGCACUACCCUCUGUAGUGCCUUGCGGUCGGAGGCCGAGCAGUUGCCAUACCAGGCGGUGAUGCAACCAGUCAGAAUGCUCUCGAUGGUGCAGCUGUAGAAUUUUUUGAGGAUCUGAGGACCCAUGCCAAAUAUUUUCAGACUCCUGAGGGGGAAUAGGCUUUUUCGUGCCCUCUUCACGACUGUCUUGGUGUGUUUGGACCAUGAUAGUUCGUUGGUGAUGUGGACACCAAGGAACUUGAAGCUCUCAACCUGUUCCACUACAGCCCCGUCAAUGAGAAUGGGGGCGUGCUCAGUCCCCUGAGGGGCCCCUGUGUUGAGGAUCAGUGUGGCAGAUGUGUUGUUACCUACCCUUACCACCUGGGGGCGGCCCGUCAGGAAGUCCAGGAUCCAGUUGCAGAGGGAGGUGUUUAGUCCCAGGAUCCUUAGCUCUAAGAGCUUUGCACACCUGAAUUGUACAAUAUUUGCCAAUUUUUCUUAUUCUUCAAGCUCUGUCAAAACUGUAACUAGGCCACACAGGAACAUUCAAUGUCGUCUUGGUAAGCAACUCCAGUGUAGAUUUGGCCUUGUGUUUUAGGUUAUUGUCCUGCUGAAUAGUGAAUUCGUCUCCCAGUGUCUGUUGGAAAGAAGACUGAACCAGGUUUCCCUCUAGGAUUUUGCCUGUGCUUAGCUGUAUUCCGUUUCUUUUUAUCCUAAAAUCUCCCUAGUCCUUGCCGAUGACAAGCAUACCCAUAACAUGAUGCAGCCACCUCCAUGCUUGAAGAUAUGAAGAGUGGUACUAAGUGAUGUGUUGUGUUGGAUUUGCCCCAUACAUAACGCUUUGUAUUCAGGACAAAAAGUGUAUUUCUUAGCCACAUUUUUUGCUGUAUUACUUAAGUGCCUUGUUGCAAACAGGAUGCAUGUUUUGGAAUCUUUUUAAUUCAGUACAGGCAUGGUGAAAUCCUUCCUCUCCGGCAACUGAGUUGGGAAGGGCACCUGUAUCUUUGUAGUGACUGGGUGUAUUGAUACACCGUCCAAAGUGUAAUUAAUAACUUCACCAUGCUCAAAAGGCUAUUCAGCAUCUACUUUAUUUUUAUUUUUACACAUCUACCAAUCGGUGCCCUUCUUUGCGAGGCUGGUCUUUGUGGUUGAAUCUGUGCUUGAAAUUCAUUACUCGAUUGAGGGACCUUAACAGAUAAUUGUGUGUGGGGGGUACAGAGAUGGGGUAGUCAUUCAAAAAUCAUGUUCACCACUAUUAUUGAACACAGAAUGCAACUUAUUAUGUGAUUUAAGCACAUUUUUACUCCUGAACUUAUUUAGUCUUGACAUAACAAAGGGGUUGAAUACUUAUUGACUCAAGACAUUUCAGCUUUACAUUUUUAUAAAUUUCUAAAGUUUUCUACAAAUAAAAUUCCACUUUGACAUUAUGGGGUAUUGUGUGUGAUCAGGCUGUAACACAACAAAAAAUUGAAAAAGUCAAGGGGUGUGAAUACUUUCUGAAGGCGCUGUACAUGAUAAUAUACCCAUGAUGACUGUGAGAAUACUGAUGGUGAUGAUGAUGAUGAUGGAUUUAUUUUAUAUACCACUGUUCAUACAGAAUCUCAAAGUCGCUUUAAAAUAUAUAUUUCAGGGGGCUGGCAGUUAAUGGGAGAUGGUCUUCCACAGAUAGAUGAUGAUGCAGCUCAGUAAAGUGGAGUUGAGUGCAGGUCGCGUCGAUGGUUCAUAAUACAGCCAGGGAGGGAAAAACAACAGUCAGACAGUCAGCUCUUCAUCAGGCACCUCUGUCUUUGAAGUUCACAGCUACUCCUCCUUUGUAGGUAGGCUGGAACAUCUACCACCGAAUGAGUAGCACUCACCUGGGUGAUGAUUCAGCAGCUGUAAGCUCCUGAGAGACCACAACACCUCGGCAGUAAUCAGCUACAGUCUCCUACGAGGCGAGCCUCUAUGAUGAUGAUGAUGAUGAUGAUGAAGAGUACAAUAACAGCAAUGAUGAUAAUAUCUCCUUAUGUCUCCUUCUCCAGGUGGUGGAUGGGACAGAAUGUCGGCCGUACAGCAGCUCAGUGUGUGUGAAGGGCAAGUGUGUGCGUACCGGCUGUGACGGCAUCAUUGGCUCCAAGCUGCAGUUUGACAAGUGUGGCAUCUGUGGAGGGGACAGCACUGGCUGCAUCAGGGUGAUAGGCAACUUCACCAAGAAGAGGUAAGGGAACACACAAACACACACACACACUGAAAUUGAAAAAAAACAUUUGGGGUUUACACGUUUAUUUGUCUGAUACACAGCACCAAGAAAAUAAAAAUCUAAACUGAGAUUUAUAUUUUCCACUUCAAAGUAAAAAAAACAAAUGGCCUUGACUUCAUUAUAAAAAAAUCUAAAUAUUUGGUUGGAGGCAAUGAUUCUUGUUUAUUGUGUAAUUUAUCUCACCUGUAGUAAGUUGCAGGUGCAUAUAGGUAAAAAUAGCCAUUCAACAAAUUUUGAAAAGAAAAAACUAAACAUUCUGCUCCGUUGCACUCCAUUGUAAAGUGAAAGGGUACGAGUAUACUGUAUUUUAACACAUCUACAUCUUGAGUACAUUUGUAGGAAUGGUCUAUAGAUUGUCUUCCGCUCCCUCACCAUCUCUCAUUCAAUACAUUGGCAAAUUCUUGUUUAAGCUAUCCAUUUCUCACACUCACUCUGUCACAUCCUCCCUUUUCCCUCAUCUCUCUAUACGUCAUGAGCUUGUAAUGCUAAAUCACACCUUCCAUUGGUGAAGAUUGACGUACAUUAUAUAUACAAAAAUAUGUGGACACCCCUUCAAAUUAGUGGAAUCGGCUAUUUCAGCCACACCUGUUGUUGACAGGUGUAUAAAAUCGAGCACACAUCCAUGCAAUCUCCAUAGACAAACAUUGACAGUAGAAUGGCCUUACUGAAGAGCUCAGUGACUUUCAACGUGGCACCGUUCCAACAAGUCAGUUCCCCGGUCAACUGUAAGUGCUGUUAUUGUGAAGUGGAAACGUCUAGGAGCAACAACGGCUCAGCCGCGAAGUGGUAGGCCACACAAGCUCCUAGAACGGGACCGCCGAGUGCUGAAGCGCGUAGUGCGCAAAAAUUGUCUGUCCUCGGUUGCAACACUCACUACCGAGUUCCAAACUGUCUCUGGAAGCAUCGUCAGCACAAUAACUGUUCGUCUGGAGCUUCAUGAAAUGGGUUUCCAUUGCCGAGCAGCCCCACACAAGCCUAAGAUCACCAUGUGCAAUGCCAAGCGUUGGCUGGAGUGGUGUAAAGCUCGCCGUCAUUGGACUCUGGAGCAGUGGAAACGCGUUCUCUGGAGCGAUCACGCUUCACCAUCUGGCAGUCCGACAGACAAAUCUGGGUUGGGCGGAUACCAGGAGAACGCUACCUGCCCCAAUGCAUAGUGCCAACUGUAAAGUUUGGUGGAGGAAUUGACUGGCCUGCACAGAGCCCUGACCUCAACCCUAUCUAACACUUUUGGGAUGAAUUGGAACACUGACUGCGAGCCAGGCCUAAUCGCCCAACAUCAGUGGCCGACCUCACUAAUGCUCUUGUGGCUUAAUGGAAGCAAGUCCCCGCAGCAAUGUUCCAACAUCUAGUGGAAAGCCCUCAUAAAAGAUUGGAGGCUGUUAUAGCAGCAAAGGGGGGACCAACUCCAUAUUAAUGCCCAUGAUUUUGGAAUGAGAUGUUCGAUGAGCAGGUGUCCACAUACUUUUGGUCAUGUAGUGUACAACAUACUGGGCACAUAUGGGAUCUUGCCACACACACACUCCUCACUCUCCUGUAACCCUCUCUCCCUCCCCCAUGCAGUAAGGGCUACACAGACGUCGUGAAGAUCCCAGAGGGCUCCACCCACAUCAAGGUCCGCCAGCACAAGCCCAAGGACCAGCCCAGGUACACAGCCUACCUGGCCCUGCGUCGUCCUGGUGGCGACUACCUCCUCAAUGGCAAGUUCAUGAUCUCUACCUCAGAGACAGUCAUCCCCCUCAACGGCUCGGUGCUCAACUACAGUGGCUGGAGCCAGCAGGACGAGUGGCUACACAGCAUGGGCCCAGGGGCCCUCAGAGAGGCCCUUACGGUUCAGAUUCUGGCCACGGAUGCCAAGAGGCCCCUGGAUAUCCGCUACAGCUUCUUCAUGCCCCGUCGGGUUUUGGCACCACCACCCCCACCUCCCCCGCACACCUCCACAACCACAUCUACCACUACUACUACUACAACAACCACCUCUACUAGAUCCAGCAGUAGAACCACAUUGGCCCCGGCCCUGGCUCGCUCCACAGCCCCGGGGGUGUCGACGGUGGCCCCUGGGCCCCAGUGGGUGAUGGGCCCCUGGAUGAUCUGCUCCAGGACUUGUGACACGGGCUGGCAGAGCCGCACGGUGCAGUGCAAGGACCCGCAGGCCAAGCUGGCCAAGGGGUGCCCUCUGGCCGACCGCCCCUCCGCCUUCAAACAAUGCCUAGUGAAAAAGUGUUGA